AUGGCGGACCUCGAUGGGUACGUGAACCUUCAUUUCACCAGUUUGGAUGAUUUGGAAACAAUUGACGCAAAGGUUGAGGAGUUGAGCGCAAGGCAGAACCGAAUCAAGGAGGUUACAUCUGACAAGCUCAAGCCCCGGUCCUAUGUGUCUGAUCUGACGGAGCUGCAGCAAGAACUGUUGCGGCCUCAAGUUGACGUUGAAAAAUUGCAAGAUGCGGUGAGCAAGGUCAAGUGCGUUUUAUCGACGGUGAUUGGCGGGAGUGACGACAACAGCGUGAGAGAGAGUUGCGACAAUGUCGAGGCCUUGAUCCAGGAGUUUGGCCCGUUGCCAUUGUUUGUCAAUUUGCAUGGUCAGUUGCAGACGAAAUUGGAGGCGCAAGGCGCUGUCUCGUAUUUGGAGAGAUAUGGUGAUGUCGAGGGCAAAUUGCAAGCCGAUUUGUCGCUCAGCGAGCUUGAACAAGUUGCUCGCGAGGUCGACAGCCUCGGUGAUGUGACUUUGAUCAGCAAGCUAGAGAGCAAGAUUGGAGACGAGAAGCACAAGUUGGUGCUGCAGCAAAAGAAAUUGCAGCGGGAGAGCAAGUGGCUAAAUGACAGCAGCAUUUCGCGGAGUGAAUUGACAUCGCUAUCAAAAGUAUUUGACCAGCUUAUAAAGCUACAAGCGAUCAAGAACACCCCCAGCUACCCGGCACGAUGGUGGGCGGUGGACUUGCUAUUGGAGCCGUUCAAGUUCAAGUUUGACUACCAUUUCACCUCGCCGAAUAAGGAGACAAACAAGUUGUCCAAACCCGAGUGGGCCUUAGACUACGUCGAGACUUUUCUCGAGGAAAACUUGUCUUUAUUGAGCAAUAUUGUUGACGACACAUUUAAGAGUUUACAUCGGAUUGGCACCUAUGAAAUCAUCACCUCCUUAUUGCACCUUGUGCGGCAGAAAAUCACCAAGAUGAUCCACGCCAUCAAUGCAAAAAUUGAUGAUGAUGGUGGUGAUGAUGCUGCAACCGAUAGGAAAACUUUGGAAAAGUUUGGAAGGCUCUUAUCUCAUUUGAUUUUCGAGACGUCAACCUUUGAUCAGAAGUUGAGAAACAAAUACAAGUACAACCCGUUUAUUACCAACUUCAAUGACCCUGUUACUCUCAAGUGGACGGGGCUAACUGGAGAUGUGCUAUUGGAUGACCCCCACACGGUGGACGUUUGGCUUAAUUUUGAGAAUGCGUUGGCAACAAAGAGAUUCAAAGCGGAAAUCUUGGGUGCCGACGACGCUUUCAAGAUUGACUUUGACUACCAGGCUCGUGAAUAUUACAAAGGGGAGUUUAAGGGCCACCACCACCACCAACUCGAGGGCUACUUGCGUCCCACUUAUUCUGCAUACGGCGUAUCUAAACUCAUCAACAAUCUAAACUCACAUUUCCAAACCCUAGCCAUUGUCAAAUUCCAGUUGCAAUAUGUAUCCAAGAUUCAAUUGAACCUUCUUGAUUCGUACCUCGACGCAAUCCAACGCCAAUUUGAGAUUUACAUUGACAAAUACAAUUCCAAAAGUGUCAUGAACAUGAUCCCGGGGGCCAUGAACGAGGAUGCAGUCGCAAAGGAAGCUCUUGAGCACGAAAAGCAGCUACUAGCCAAUAUUGAAAAACUUACAGAGAUAUUCUGUUCUACAAAGUUCUUAAUCAAUUGCAUGGAAGUUUGGGGUGAGGAGUUGAUUUUUGUCCAGUUGUGGAAUAUGUACCGGACGUUACAGGCGGAUCCUGACCACGUUGACGAUUCUGAGGGAAUCUUUGGAAAUCUAUUACAGAGGUACGACAAGCUACUAACUAAAACUGUCAACACCUACGUGGCCCUUUUCAAAACAGAAAUCAAGCAAUUGUUGAAAAAAUACGUCAACUCGAGCCAAUGGGAAAUACCAGCGUCACAGAGCACGGACAUGACCCCGUCGUCGGAGUUGAACCCUUUGGUGAAUGCCUUGCCCACAUACCUUCAAGUGAUCUCAAGAUCACUUUCGCAAUUGGAAUAUUUUGCAAUCUCGGACGCGGUGGUGGGGAUAGUUUGCGACUUGUUGUACGAGUUUAUCCUUACAAACAACCACUUUUCAAAAAAGGGCGUGGACCAGUUGAUUGUUGACUUUGGCUACGUGAUCACGUCCUUGCAGUAUGCCUUGUCGCUCAACUCGAGAAGGACAAGCGUCGUAUCUGGAGACACCCGGCCUUUGUCAAGUGACGACAACGAGAUGUACGUAAAAGUCGCCCAAGCCAUUGACUUGUUGGACUCGAUGGAAGUGGAACGAGCCAAGAAGUUGAGCAAAACUAGCGACUCCGACUCAGGGGAAAUGAAAGCGUUGAGACUGGAAUAUGGUCAUCAUUUGCUGCAGUUUAGCAAUGCUGAUAUUAAAGACUUGUUAGGUAGAAUAGUGCUGAAAUGA